AAAAAAAAAACGCACACACACACACACGCACACACGCAGUCGAGAGCGGAGGAGGCAGCGCAGGAGUGUUGAGGCUGAAAAGGACUGCGAGGCGAAGCCGGGACCUGACGACACAGCCCCGCUUCUCCACCCCGCCGCACGCCGCCGACCUGGAAACAUGGAUCCGCCGACGACCCUCGCGACUCGUCACGCCGUCCUUAAGCUGUUUUUGCUUCAGUUCGUCGCCUUUCUAAACAUCUGCGCGGCCCCUUCGCCUAUUAUCAGGUUCCCUGGGGACGACACCACCCCCGUGACGGACAAAGAAGUUGCCUUGCGUUACUUAAACAAAUUUUACGGAUGCCCGCAAGACAGAUGCAACCUUAUGGUGCUCAAGGACACGCUGAAGAAAAUGCAGAAAUUCUUUUCCCUGCAAGAGACCGGAGAGGUUGAUGCCAAAACCGUCGAGAUCAUGAAAAAGCCCCGCUGUGGCGUUCCAGAUGUGGCCAAUUACAACUUCUUCCACAGGAAACCCAUGUGGCAAAAGAAAGACAUCACCUACAGAAUCUUAGGACACUCUCCCGAUCUGGAUGAAGAGACCAUAGAUGAUGCCUUCUUUAGAGCCUUCAAAGUAUGGAGCGACGUCACCCCACUCACAUUCACCCGCAUCAUGGACGGAGAGGCAGACAUCAUGAUCAAUUUUGGCCGCAACGAGCAUGGAGAUGGCUACCCUUUUGAUGGCAAAGAUGGACUCCUGGCUCAUGCUUUUGCACCGGGACCAGGAAUUGGGGGAGACUCCCAUUUUGACGAUGAUGAGCAGUGGACGCUGGGAGAGGGCCAAGUGGUGAAGGUGAGGUUUGGCAACGCUGAGGGGGAGUUCUGUAAGUUCCCGUUCCUGUUCAUGGGCAAAGAGUACAGCAGCUGUACAUCUCAGGGCCGUGAUGAUGGCUUCCUAUGGUGUUCCACAACCUACAACUUUGACGAAGAUAGCAAAUAUGGCUUCUGCCCCCAUGAGUUGCUGUUCACCCUGGGCGGAAAUGCCAAUGGAGAGCCUUGUAAGUUCCCCUUCUAUUUCCAGGGGGAUAAAUAUGAAGGGUGCACCACUCAGGGUCGUGAUGAUGGUUAUCGCUGGUGUGCCACCACUGACAACUAUGACCGUGACACAAGAUAUGGCUUCUGCCCUGAAACUGCAAUGUCAACAGUGGGAGGAAACUCUGAGGGAAGCCCGUGCGUUUUCCCCUUCACUUUCCUGGGAGACACCUAUGAUGGCUGCACGGCCUCUGGACGCAGUGACGGCAAAAUGUGGUGCGCCACCACCAAGAGUUACGACGACGACCGCAAGUGGGGUUUCUGCCCUGACCAAGGCUACAGUUUGUUCCUGGUGGCGGCACAUGAGUUUGGUCAUGCCCUGGGCUUGGAGCACUCGCAGGAUCCUGGCGCACUGAUGGCUCCUAUCUACACCUUCACCAAGAACUUCAAACUGUCUGACGAUGAUAUCAGAGGCAUCCAAGAGCUCUAUGGUGGGUCCUCAGACAAGCCCCUGGCUCCCACCCAGGGUCCCGUCACACCAAUGGACCUCUGUAGUGAGCCAGAUCUCUUCGAUGCUGUGGCACAGAUCAGGGGGGAGACCUUCUUCUUCAAGGACAGGUUCCUGUUCAGGUCAGUCAAUUUCAGAAGCAAGCCCAGUGGCCCGAUGCUAGUAGCCACCUACUGGCCUGACCUGCCUACCAAAAUAGAUGCUGCCUAUGAAAACCCGCUGGAGGAGAAGACUGUCUUCUUUGCAGGCAAUGAGAUGUGGAUAUACAAAGCUGAUAUAGUGGAGAAAGGCUACCCCAAGAGGAUCUAUAACCUUGGUCUCCCCAGUGACAUACAGCAUAUUGACGCAGCCUUCAACUUCAGGAAGAACAGGAAGACCUACCUGUUUGCUGGUGACAAAUUCUGGCGGUACAAUGAGGAUACUAAGAAAAUGGAUCCUGGUUUCCCCAAGCUUAUUGCUGAAUCCUGGAACGGCAUCCCAGAUGGCAUUGACUCUGCCUUCAGUCUCAAUGGCAUUGAUUAUAGCUACUUCUUCAAAGGCGCCCACUAUUUCAAGUUGGAUGACAGAAGUCUGAAGAUUGUCAAAUUGGGUGAAAUCACAAAGGACUGGCUGGGAUGUUAAAAAUUACUAAUAUGCCUGACUAUUGGCUCCCCCUGUGAUGACCUUUGGCCUCUUGAGGAUGCUGCCAUGAUAACGCACACGACUGAUUUUACCAAAGUGCACACCGGUGUAAGGUUUAUGCCUGGCAACUCUACACACUCUCAUGAGAGAAAUGUACACUCCGGCCUGUAUAACCAGCCCCCAGCUUUGUAGACAGGCACCUUGGGACCUUCUACACAGGCUGGGCAUAGGCAACUGGAUAUUUUCCUAUGUAAUUGUGUGAUUUUGGCAUUUUAUUGUUAAGCUGAUGCAGAAUUUUUUUUAUAUUUACCCCGUUAUUUUUUUUGUUUUUGUUUUGUUUUUGUUUUGUUUUGUCAGACAGUCAGACAUCAGGUAUGUCCACAUGUCCACACUGCAUUGGAGCAAGCAGUGCUAUACUGUGCUGUGAGAUAUAGCCUUUGUAAUGCAAAUUUGAAUUUUCAGAGACUGUUUUACACCAUGUAAAGAAUUUGUGUUGGCUUGGAACUACUUUUUGUCCACGUUGUACAAAGUACAUUUUUAUAGAUGUCUCAUUGUUUUAAUUCAUAAGUAAUUGUCUCAUUGUUGUAAAAUACAUUUGGAAAAAUGAAUUUGCACAAUGUGUCUUAACCGAAAAUGGUGCUUUAGAGAACGUUUUCUAUAUAUUGUCAUAGCCUAUAUACAUUUUAUAGUAUGUUUAACUUUGUCUGAUGGGACUACUUUUUAUGUUAGAAAGUAGCAUUGAAGGACACAUUAUUCUUCUAUGGUACGCACUUUGUAUAGGAGUAUAUAGGGAAACAACACACUAUGGAGACCAAGUCAUUGUUUUGGUGUCUCCAUUUUGUAUUUUUCUUCACUAAUAGUACAGAAAGAUGAAUGGCACAGGUUGCCUAAUGAGGCUGUAUAGGUUUGCUGCAUGAUCGAAUCAUGACAAAAGAGUACCAAAAUAAUAUUUCCCCCUCCCAUAUUCUCUCCUCUUUCUUUGAAUUCAACUAUAUACAUUAGUGACUGUGUUUUAUUUUGGAUGCUUGUGCACUUUGUCAAAAAAAAUUUCAUCAAUAAAGGUGAAUCGUUAAUA